UCGAUGGAUGGAUGUCUCCUACAGUUGACGAAUAAAAUGCAUAUGGCUGGGAAUGCAAAAAUUCAACGAAAUCUGUGUUUUAAAAGUCAAAUCGAGUCGCGGAAAGUGUGCCGAAUAGUAACCGGACUAAGUUUAAUCAGCUUAAUUGAUGGCAUGCCGCAGAAUUUUUCCCACUCAUCGAUGAUAUAAACCCACUAUAACGGGACUUGACUGAAGUGUGACACGGAGAUGGAUUCGAGAAUGGCUUGUACUUGGAUACUUAUGAAUAUGUCAGUUUCUCUGAACUUUCUUUCUUUAAGCUCGAUUGUGAUCUUGAGAAAUGGCGCCCAGCGUGCUUUGCGCAUCCCCGGUCCUUCAUUGUAUCAAUUGACCCUUGUCGCUCUCUGCUGACCCAUUCGUCAACUCUCGGUUAAUAGCAUCGUUAUUCAGAUCCAGUAGGAUGGAUGGAGAACAGAUCUGCAGUUCGGACGAAUCAUUAAAAUCAGUAUGUGCGCCGGAGGAGUGGGUUGUGGUAUCGAAUGCCAUAGGCAGUAGAGGUAUCGAAAUCCCACUGUGUCCUUCGCAUGGCGUGCUGCAUGUCAGGACAUUGAGAAAUGUUUUCAAGGAUGCCGCAGGACUAAAGUACCGAAAUCCCGAGACCGGUCUCGAUAGAGUGCUCUUGAUGGAUCAUGACGAAACGUGUUUUAUAGCCCCAGCUGGAGGAUGGAAAAAUAAAACGUUCACUGUUGUGCGUCAUGCGAAGUUUGUUCGUCCGCCAGGGAACGCGAAAAAGCAAGUGAAACGUUCAUUAGUCAAUAAAUCAAAGACGAUGGCUGAUAUGGAUUCAAACUCCGAUGGAAAAAUGAGACCUGCUCUGGCAAGUUCGAAAGCUAGCCGUGCAUCAACAGCCUCAGAAAAUGCUUGCUAAGUGGAUGAUGUUUACUGUGAAAGCUUCGCUAGCGUCGUUGUAUUUUGAUCACUUCCUUUUUUUCCGGUUUUCUUGUUGGUUUUGGUGUAACAAAUAAUUUUUAACACA